GCGCUUAAAUAGCGGUCACCAAGCAUAUAGACAGGUGGUCUGCUCAGUGCAUUCAUUUGUGUAUUUAACGAUAUUGACACAGAAAACAGAAUAAUAUUACACGUAAGCUAUUUUGCAUUUCAAAAAGAAGAGAAGAAGAAAUAAAUUAAGUAGCCUACAAUAAAUUUUGGCAUGUGCGCGCGCACUUUUCACUCCUCCGUCAUUUGAUUAAAGUAAACUAAGAAAACUGUGGAGCUCCUUUCAGCUGCUGAGUUGUGAACCAUGAUCCUCCUGACCCCUUCCUCUGAUUUCUUCCAGUAUGCCAACAAGCUCCUCCUGAGCGAUCAUGCUACAAGGCUCCAAAUCAAGGAGUUUGCACGGAAAAAUGCUGCUAAUGUUCUAUCUAUGGCAAACAUGGUCAUGGGCAUGGCCUCCAUCCUCAGCAGCCUGAACGGGCACCAUCAUGCGGCAUGUUGGCUGGUUCUGAUUGGGUACCUGCUAGAUUUGGCAGAUGGAGCGGUUGCCAGGCGACUCAAUGCCUGCUCGGCACUGGGUGCAAAGCUGGAUGAUUUUGCUGACUUCACCACCUUUGGGAUCGCCACAUCUCUGCUGCUGAGGACUUCCGAUUUGCUGGACAACGUCCUGUGCAUAUGCUAUGUGCUAUCUGUGUUUGUCCGUCUCUGUUUCUUCUCAAGCGGUAUUCCAUUUGUGUAUCGCGGACUCCCCUGCAUCUACUCAUCAGCCAUUGUAGCCAGUGCCUCCUUGCUGUCAGGAGGAAACCUGAGCGUGCUGCGGGUCAUCACAGUGGCCAUGAUCCUAUUUAUGAUCAGUCAGAACUUCUAUCCCCAUGACAAAAUCCUGGAGUCGCAGACUUGGAAGAAAGUAGUGUACGCUGGAGGAGUUGCCAUGGUGUUCUGUUCUCCCUUCCUCCCUGCGUGUGUGUACUACCUGCUCUGGUCCAGCUCCUAUAUUUUGUUCCCCACAUCACUUUGGAGCUGCAAACUGUAAAGUAAAACACGGGUUUAGAGACUGCUGUUGCUGUUGCUCCAUGUUGUCAUCGGAGUAUCCAAGAUGGAAAAAACACUCGUUAAUUCAUGGGAAACAGUCUCUCUAUUUCCCCUUUUAUUUUAUUUUGAUGUGACGCCUGACUGAGAGGACUUAGAAAACAGGAGCGAGGAUGGGUUGUUUGUAUUCUGUCUUCUUUGUUGUAUUAACACCAAUCAACCAAUAUGUGGCAGGCUCUGAAAACAGAAUAUUCAUCAGGUUUAUCUCCAUGUUUUAUCUUCUUUCAUCAGUAUUAUUUAUCAUCAGUGUUGAGAACAUGUAGCAGCAGAGGAACAUCACAUUCUUCUAUGGAUGAUAGAAAAAGAAAACUUUCUAUAGGACAAAAAUAACAUAUUUUCUUUCCUUUAUGUUAACUAGUUUUAUGUGUUUUUACAUCACAGAUAGUUCAAAAGGUUUCUCUGCAGGAGAGAACCUGCGACAGCAGAUCUCUGCUGCAUUUAUUUAUACAUAUGUGACUGGGAAUUUUUUGCAAGUCUGACUUCUUGUUCUAUUAUAAAGGGAUCAUAAAUGUACAGUAGUUCAAAAGAACUGAUUUAACAUAAUGGUUCUGUUAUUCAUAAUAUUUUAUUUGCUGUUUGAACAUGUCCAUUUGUUGUCAUAACUCCCACAUUUACACAUUGCAACCAUUUCUUUACCUACAAACUUUCUACUUUUUCUUAUGUCUAUGAAAUGGUGUGUUAGCUUCAUGCUAUUUCUUCCGUAUCUGCCUCUGUUUUAGGAGGCAUCAUAACAAAACUGCAUCAUUCAUAUGUCUUUCUCUGACAAAUCACUGAUUUCACAUUGAUGGCUUUUGGUCAAUUUUCAUUUGUAAAUUAAUUCCACUUGGUGUGGAUUUACCUCUUUGAAUUACAUUAGUAGGUACUUUAAAUACUGUUUUUUAUGCCAUCUAGUGGACAUGGCACAAUAUGUCACCUUUGCAGAAACAGGUGAGAACUAUUGCCAGUCUGGUUUAAGAGGUGGACAGAUUUAUUUUUUCUUGUUUGUAGAGCAUUUCUUUGUAGCAGGGAUCCUGUUUUUGUCACUACUUGUUUAGUUUCAAAGUGUGUUUUUUGCCUUUGCACUGUGAGAAGGAAAUUGAGAGAAUAUAGUGUUAUGUACGGCUUUCUCCUAAAGCCUAAAAUUUAAGCAAAGCGUAACUGGGUGAAAUGUGUCUGUUCUGAGCUCUGAAAGAUCUAUUUUCUUUUAGCUUCCUAAUUCAAAUUACUUAGCUCAUAUUUAAGCCAUAAAUUGUAAUUCAUUCAGUUUCAGUAACUUACAAAGGAAUGGCUCUAAUGUGGAGAAUCCUGGCUUUUUGAUUAUUGAUUUAAAAUAUUAAUUUCAACUUACUGAUAACCAGCGCUUUGAAGACAGUCUCCAAGAAUAACAUACAGACUUCCUGCAGUGCAUUCGGUAGUGCAUAUGGUUUGGGUGUGGAUGUUUUAGGUUUUCAGAAAGUAAAGGCACUCUAAUGUAGAACAUAGCGGAAGGAAAAUCAGUAUAUUUUGAGAAAGAUAGAAAAAUACUGAGAUCUUUUUGUAAAAUAGGAUAUGUACAUUUGAGGCUGUAUAUUCUGAAAAUAAAAAAUGAGAAUGAAAUGA